AUGCAACAACUGUCCGGCGGCGCGACAGCAAGCGACGGCCGUUUAGUGCGGGAACUGUUCCUGCAAAGGCUUUCCACAAGCGUACGGAUAGGUAUCACGGCGUCGGGCGAGACAGACCUUGCCAAGAUGGCCGAGCUCGCCGACAAACUCACGGCUGCCGCCUUGCCCACAGUCGCGUCGGUGCACGCAGACGCAUCGUCCGCCAAUUCCAUGCAAGAUGCAAGGGGAAAUUUUUCCCGUCACAGACACCGCAGCGCUGCACUCGAGCGGCAACCAGCGACCACGACAGCGUACCACAUCACAACCACAACAACGCAAGGUGUGCUGGUACCACCGCAAAUUCGGCAACUCUGCACGGAACUGUGUGUCGCCCUGCGAAAAUUCGGGAAACGCCCCGGGCGAGCACUGAGGGUGACCAGUGCCCCCGCCCCGCCGGACAGUCCCCAUCGGCUUUCUUUCUUGACCGAUCGCGAAAGAUGUGCUCGUUUCCUAGUCGACACAGGGGCGGAAGUUAGUGUCGUGCCGGCGUCGCCAGCCGAUCGCAAACGACCGUGCGCAGCACCGUUGCAAGCUGUCAACAAUACGACGAUACCGAUGUACGGGCAACGCUCUCUCUCGCUGGACCUGGGCUUCAAGAGGACGUUUCGGUGGAUUUUCGUCGUGGCUGACGUAAAAUUUGCCAUCCUGGGAGCGGACUUUUUGCGCAACUUCGGACUGCUUGUCGAUGUCCGCAACCGGCGUUUACAGGACCCCCUGUCACAAGCAGAAGUGCGCGGGAAGCCAUCCAGGCAUCCACCCCACAGCCCCACGCUCGUAGCACCGCCGGGCGCUACACGAUUCACCGGCAUCCUCGGCGAUUUCCCCGAAGUGACGCGGCCACCACAGGCCAGCGCGGCCGUCAAACACAAUGUAUGCCACCACAUUGUCACCACAGGCUCACCAGUUUACGCACGCCCGCGUCGCCUGUCCCCGCAAAAGCUGCAAGCAGCUCGACAGGAAUUCGACCACAUGCUCGAGCUCGGCAUAAUCCGCCCGUCCGUUAGUCCGUGGGCGUCUCCACUGCACAUGGUGCCGAAGUCCACACCAGGAGACUGGCGACCCUGCGGCGACUAUCGAGCCCUCAAUCGAGCAACCGUGCCCGACCGCUAUCCGGUACCUCACAUUCGUGAUAUCACGUCCAGCCUACAUAGUGCGGCGAUUUUCUCCAAGAUCGACCUCGUUCGGGCGUACCAUCAGAUCCCCCGUUUUAUCAACAGCGUUUUGCAUGGCCUCGACUUCUGCCAUGCAUACCUCGACGACCUACUUAUCGCAAGCACUUCACCGGACGAGCAUGAGGCGCAUCUGCGAUCCGUGUUUCAGCGCCUGGCGGAGCAUGGCAUCCUGGUGAACACGGACAAGUGCGAGCUGGGUGCCGAGAAGCUGACUUUUCUUGGCCAUGUUGUUUCAAGCUCUGGCAUUCAACCUCAUCCAGACAAGGUUAAAGCUGUCGAGAAGUUUACACGACCCACCACUAAGCGCCAGCUCCGCGAGUUCCUUGGCCUUGUAAAUUACUACCGACGUUUCGUACCUCGGUGCGCGGCCGUUCUACACCCUCUCCACCUCCUGCUAUCGACACACGAAGGUGCUGCUAGGGCGCUGCUCUGGACGGACGACGCCGAAGCGGCUUUUCAAGAGAUCAAGAGACACCUCGCCGACGCCACACUUCUCGCCUACCCGCAACCGGGAGUCCCACAGUGCGUCAUGGUCGACGCCUCGGACGCAGCUGUGGGUGCUGUCCUGCAACAACUCAACAAAGGAGGCCAAGCGUACUUGCUCACUUUGGUCGACCGUUUCACGCGGUGGGCAGAAGCUAUCCCGAUUCCCGACAUUACAGCCGAAACUGCUGCUCGCGCUUUUGUCAACCACUGGCUAUGUCGUUUUGGUGCACCUUCCUCCAUUACAACGGACAGAGGAAGCCAGUUUGAGUCUGCGUUGUUCGCCAGUCUGACGAAACUGAUCGGCGCCUCGCGCAUCAGGACUACGGCCUACCACCCGAUGAGCAAUGGAAUGGUCGAGAGGUUUCACCGGCAGCUGAAAGCAGCACUCAUGGCAAGUGAACAUGACUCUUGGGUGGAAGCAUUGCCUAUCGUGCUCUUGGGCACACGCACAUCGUGCAAGGCAGAUAUCGGCUGCAGCGCUGCGGAACUUGUCUACGGCACGACGCUACGUCUGCCCGGUGAUUUCUUUGCAUCUGGCCAACAGCAAGCUCGCAUUUCCGCCAGCGACUACGCAUCUCGCCUCCGUGACAUCAUGAACAAGCUCCGAGCUACACCUCCGCGGCAGCCCACAGAGAGGACACACGCGGGAGUGCUGUGGUGA